UUCUAUUCUAGUAUGCGAGGUUUACGUUUAUAUGCGGUAAAUUAUAGAAUAUGAAAAUAAAUACAAUUAGUUAUAAAAAUGAUACCAGUUAUAUAUCUUGUUACAGAACAAUUAAAACGGCGAAAUAAUUUUAUAGUGUCAUCAGUUUUAAGACAGUUAGGUUCUAGAGUUAAGUUUACCCAAAGUAUAAGAAAUAAACAAAGCAAAGGCAAUGCACAGUCUAUAAGUACUUUAUUUAAACCAGCUCUUGUAAAGAAAGAUUCAGAUACUGCAAGUGUUGGAAUUGAAUUAUGUGGUAUCUUAAGCAAACGUAAAAUUAUACAAAUUUUAUGUGACUUUGCAAAAACUGAAUCGAUUAAAGAGCUAAGUGCAAAAUACGGAUUAGAUGAUGUAAUUUUUACCUCAGCUAUGGGAAAUUUUCGGAAACAUUGUAUAGAAUCUGACAAAUUACCUGCAGAUCUUCAUAUUAUUCUAAGUGACAUUAUACAAGGCUCUGGAAAUAUUACAGAUAUAUUUCCAUACUUUUUGAAUCAUGCAAAACAAAUGUAUCCACAUAUUGACUGUUUAGAUGAAUUGAGAAAAAUCAGUGAUUUACGAAAUCCUCUUUAUUGGUAUCCUAUAGCUAGGUCUAAGAGAAGAAAAAUUAUAUUUCAUGCUGGACCUACGAAUAGUGGUAAAACGUAUCAUGCGUUAGAAAGAUUUAUCUCAGCAAAAAGUGGUGUUUAUUGUGGACCUUUAAAGUUAUUAGCUAAUGAAGUUUUUAAUAAAUGCAACUCCAGAGGUACACCAUGUGAUCUAGUAACGGGAGAAGAACACAAAUAUGCAAAGAAUGUAACAUCUCCUGCAAACCACGUAUCAUGUUCUAUAGAAAUGGCAAACAUACAAAAUAUUUAUGAAGUAGGUGUAAUUGAUGAAAUUCAACUAAUACGUGAUCCAAAUAGAGGGUGGGCAUGGACAAGGGCUCUUCUUGGGCUAGCAGCAGAUGAAAUACAUUUAUGUGGUGAAUCUGCUGCCAUAUCUAUAGUACAGUCUAUUUGCCUCACAACUGGAGAGUCGGUAGAAAUAAAACAAUAUGAACGAUUAACCCCACUCGAAGUAGAGAACUCGGCACUUUGUUCCUUACGAAAAAUUCAACCAGGAGACUGUAUAGUUUGUUUUAGUAGAAAUGAGAUAUUCUCUGUAUCAAGUGCCAUUGAGAAAAUGGGACAUAAAGUAGCUGUAAUAUAUGGCAGUUUGCCACCAGGCACAAAAAUAGCGCAAGCUGCAAGAUUUAAUGAUAUCAAUGAUCCUUGUAAGAUAUUAGUAGCUACUAAUGCAAUAGGAAUGGGACUUAAUUUACAUAUUCGUAGAAUUAUAUUUUAUUCUAUUGUUCAACCAACUAUAAAUGAGAAAGGAGAAGCAGGUGUUGAUACAAUUUCUGUAUCAUCUGCAUUACAAAUAGCGGGUCGGGCUGGUCGUUAUGGAACGCAAUGGUCGAAGGGAUUUGUAACAACUUAUAAACCUGAAGAUCUUCCUUUAUUAAAAAAACUACUACAACAGAUUCCAGAAGAAAUUGAACAAGCUGGAGUUCAUCCAACACCAGAUCAAAUAGAAUUAUAUGCCUAUUAUUUACCAAAUGCACCAUUGUCAAAUCUUAUUAAUAUCUUUAUUGCGUUAUGUGAACUUGAUAGCACUUUAUAUUUUAUUUGCAAUUUAGAUGAUUUUAAAUUUCUUGCUGAUACGAUACAACAUAUACCAUUACCUCUUCGUACACGAUAUGUGUUUUGUUGUGCACCAGUCAAUAGAAAGAUGCCUCUAACGUGCAGUAUGCUUUUAAAGUAUGCUCGACAAUGCAGUAAAAAUGAACCGGCAACUGUUUUAUGGUUACGUAGACAAAUUAAUUGGCCUCCUAAAAUACCAUUGAAUCUCGCUGAUCUUCUACGUUUAGAAAGUAUAUUUGAUGUAUUGGAUGUUUAUCUUUGGUUAAGUUAUCGAAUGCCAGACUUGUUUCCUGAUGCAGAUGCAGUUAAAUCAUUACAAGAAGAAUUAGAUAAAAUUAUUGAGCAAGGAAUUAAAGGAAUUACAAGAUUAUUUAAGAAGUCGAAAACAGAUUCUGUGAUUGAUAAAGAACAGUCGUCUUGUCCGGACGAAAAUCUACAAACAAAUGGUAAACAUCGGAAAAAUACAUUAAGUUAUACGUUGAUAUCUCGAGGUCUCCUAACACCAAAAAUGUUAGAACAAUUAAGAAUAGAAUGGUCUACGGAAUCCAACAAAAGAACUUCAAUAGAUACGAAAAGAAGUGGACCAAAAUCUCGCAGCUAAGAAAUCAUGUUACUCAAUUAUUGUAACUUAAAUGAGACUUAUAGAAUGUUUCUUUUGGAAGAUAAUGCGAGAGAGAUUAAAGAAAACUUUUUAAAUAA